GAUCAACAUCUACUACGAGUCACUGGAUUGAUUCACCUUGUUUUCAUGCCAAGAUAUCUACUUCGGUCAAUUAAAACAAGAACGGUCAUCAUCCCUCGGUAUUAUGUUGGUGAUCUAAGCGCUGGGUGGUGGUAUAACUAGCACGAAUGCCAUUGUAACGUCGACCAAUUUUGCCUCUCACUCGCACACAUUCUCUUCCAAUAUGACCAUAGUCUCAAAUGAUCCCUCUUUGUGGCCAGUCAUUGAUGCAUAUCAUUUUUCUAGCUAUUUUGCAGUUGCCGCCUGUGUUGGAGUGACGUAUGACUGGACCCUUACGUUUGGACAAGAGGUCGAAUUGGUCUGGAGGCAACGUUGGUCCUUAAUGACAUUUCUGUAUUUCUGUGUGCGCUACCUUGGAAUCUUAUUUGCUGCCCUGAGCAUGUUUUACAGUCUUCCGACCAUCUUGCUGACAGAUACCUGGGUGUAUUGGUUUACUAACUUGCUGGAUUGGAUCAAUGUUUUGGUAUUUGCGAUGCUGUGGGUCAUCAUCAUCACUCGGUUGCAUGCCAUGUAUCAAGGAUCCAGAAAGAUCCUGAUAUUUCUUAUUGUCACCUUCCUGGCUGUCAACGUUUUUGACGGAGUGGUCGUCAUAAUGGCAACGAUGCAUAUGUCAGGGGAGGAAUAUAUUCUCUCCGGCUCUUAUCAGUGCCGGCUUAACUAUCCGGAAGAUGUCUCACUUCUGGGUUCCAUUGCUUGGAUACUCGCAACUGUGUGGGAGGUCCUCGCACUAUGUCUCGCAGUCUGGAUUGCUGUAAAACACUUCCGUGAGCUGCGACGUCAUUCGGCAGGAGGCAUUAUCGGGGACUGUUUCUCGGUGUUGAUCAAAACUCACAUGGCAUACUUUGCGAGCUUUGUUGCUGUUUCUUGCUUCCAGCUCAUUCUUAAUUUAUCUCCAACAAUCUUAGCGGACCUAUAUUCCUUAGAAGCUGAGACUCUUCUGGGCUUGCUUCAGAUUUCGACAGUCGUGCAGGCGUAUGUGCUGGGACCACGGCUGAUCCUUGGCGUUCGAGAAUACCACGCUAAGCUCGUGGCCAACUCUGACGCAGCAUCUGGAGGUCAAUAGUCGUCUGCUCUGUAGGAAGCAGGGAAAUUUGUGUCACGGUUUUCUCUCCAUUCCAAGCCUC